UCAUUCCCUAUCCACCUUUGGAAGGAGCUCACUAUGACAGGGCAGAGUCUGAGGGCUUUAUCUGAAGCGAAUUUUGAAGACAAUGAGAUCAGCAUCAACGUUGGAGGCUUUAAGAAAAAGAUGAGAUCCAACACAUUAUUAAGGUUCCCCGAGACCAGGCUGGGCAAAUUGCUGAGCUGCCACUCAAAGGAGUCGAUACUGGAGCUUUGUGAUGACUAUGAUGACACCAAGAAUGAAUUUUAUUUUGACAGGAACCCCGAGCUCUUUCCUUAUGUGCUACAUUUUUAUAACACUGGCAAGCUCCAUGUGAUGGGUGAACUCUGUGUCUUCUCUUUCAGCCAGGAGAUUGAAUACUGGGGAAUCAAUGAAUUCUUUAUAGACUCCUGCUGCAGUUAUAGCUACCAUGGGAGGAAAAUGGAGCCAGACCAAGAGAAAUGGGAGGAACAAAGUGACCAGGAAAGUACAACAUCUUCUUUUGAUGAGAUUUUGGCAUUCUACAAUGAUGCCUCUAAAUUUGACAAACAGCCCUUUGGAAACAUCAGGAGGCAGCUCUGGCUUGCUUUGGAUAACCCUGGGUACUCAGUUUUAAGCCGCAUCUUUAGUGUCCUUUCAAUAAUGGUGGUGUUGGGCUCCAUUGUGACCAUGUGCCUGAACAGCCUCCCAGACUUCCAGAUCGUUGACAGCAACGGGAACACCGAGGAAGACCCUCGCUUUGAAAUCGUGGAACAUUUUGGUAUUGCAUGGUUCACUUUUGAACUGGUGGCAAGAUUUGCAGUAGCUCCUGACUUUUUAAAAUUUUUCAAGCAUGCCCUGAAUUUGAUUGACCUAAUGUCUAUCCUUCCAUUUUAUAUUACAUUAAUUGUCAACUUGGUGGUGGAAAGUAGUCCAACUUUAGCAAAUUUAGGCAGAGUUGCACAAGUCCUGAGACUAAUGAGGAUUUUCCGCAUAUUAAAGCUUGCUAGACACUCCACAGGUCUCAGGUCUCUUGGAGCCACUCUGAAGUACAGCUACAGAGAGGUGGGGCUUCUUUUACUCUACCUCUCUGUUGGCAUCUCCAUUUUCUCAGUAGUGGCUUACACUAUUGAGAAAGAAGACAAUGAGGGGUUAGCCACCAUCCCUGCUUGUUGGUGGUGGGCUACUGUUAGCAUGACCACAGUUGGCUACGGGGAUGUGGUGCCAGGGAGCACUGCUGGCAAGUUGACGGCAUCUGCAUGCAUCCUAGCUGGAAUCCUAGUGGUAGUGCUUCCCAUUACACUGAUCUUUAAUAAAUUCUCCCACUUCUAUAGGCGUCAGAAGCAGUUAGAGAGUGCCAUGAGAAGCUGUGAUUUUGGUGAUGGCAUGAAAGAAGUUCCAUCUGUCAACUUAAGGGACUACUAUGCUUAUAAAGUUAAAUCCCUUAUGGCCAGUCUGACCAAUAUGAGCAGGAGUACCCCCAGUGAGUUGAGCCUGAAUGAUUCACUGCAUUAGUGUACAAGUCUGACAGCAGUUUGCAUGAGAGC